AUGGAGAGACAACCGGUGGUUAACAUCGAAACGGGUAAUAAGAAACGGAUAUUGAAGAUGAAGGGUAAAGAGCGUGAACCGGUUACGGUGAAUGAAGCGAAUGACGAUCGAUCGGUGUCUUCCGGUGCUCGCGAGAAUUCCAGGCAAUUGUCGGACACAGACGGAAUCCCAGAUUGUCACACGGAUCGGUAUCGCAAGAACGCGGGAGACUUUAGGAUGAAAUUCAGGCCGCCGAUUUUUCAGCGGGGAUGCUCGAAACAUUGUACAGGGAUUAAAAGGGAUGACUCGGACUCGAGUUUCGAAUUGACAGUGUGCGGCUCGACAAAGGGGAAUCAUCUGGCGUACGGGAUAAAGAGGAGCAAAAGGAUGUUGGAGCAAUUCUCGAACCAAGUAAAAAAAACAACUCGGAAAUCUAUGAAAAAGAUAAGAAAAGUGUACAAGAACAUUGCCGCCCGGAGAGUAAUGGGGUACAACUGCGACCUGCGCGAGUGUCCGAGCACCCUAAUGGAGUGCAGCACGACUUCCUGCACGAAACCUGCCAUGCUUUUCAGCAAGUAUCGCGAAAUGAGGGGAAAUAAUGCGACGAGGGACAAAGCCGAGGAAUGCGACAGCGCGGAAGGUACGGAUCAUGAAUUCAAGGUGCUGAAGGAUCAAUCUGUUGGAACGAACGUGGAAAAGGAAACGAGCACUUGAAACAGAG